AUGCCUGACCUGAUCAUAUCCAAGAGCACGGUGACUGGACCUUUUGAUUUUGCCACGACACAACAUUUGGCGGAUGGUGCGUUGAACCAGGCUAGUCAAGCGUUUGGAGAAGCACACGAGAUUCAAAAUGAUCCACUGGAAAACACCAAGGCGGAGCUGGCGACGACUUUAUGGUACUGGAUUUGGCAAAGAACCAACUGGCACAACAUGAGAAAGGUCCCGAAAUUGGAGAGGAGAGCUAUUUGCACCAAAAACAGUUUACCCAAUCAGCAAAGGCCUGUCGAUGAUCAUUGGGCAAACGAAGAAUUCGAUAACCUUGUCGUAUUAAAAUCGGUAAUGAAGCACAAGAUCCGAUCGAUGUUGCUGAGCAAGGCCAGUCGGGCCUCAGCUUCAGCCGGGUCUUUGAAGUACUGGACUCGCUCCGGCACUGAUAUCAGGUUUCUUUGUCGACUCAGCAGAAUCGAAUUGGUGGUCGUUCGAUCGGUGGCAUACUGCAAUGCAGCGGGACUCGUAGGGUCGGGCGGGCUGACCACAGUUCUUGUUGUUGGCAUGAUGACUUCGAUUGUUUAA